AUGCGCCUUUAUUAUAAUUUGUUGUUUUGGCUUAGUUUAUUCAAUUUCAGGCAACCUUCACUACCCUUUCAACGAUUUCUUUCGAAAAAAAAUUGUGACAUAUUGCUACAGUAUGAAAUUCUUCCUGGUUCCUUUGGUGAUUCGUUACCGUUCCGAGUUCAUCCCAUUUCGGGAGAAAUCACUAGCGAAUCGGUGCUCGACUAUGAAACCAACAAAAACUACGAGUUCAAGAUACGUGCUUGCCUUUCGGUAAAUCCGGGUACUUGCGGAUAUACUUCUGUCGUGGUAAUCGUCAAAGAUGAAAACGAUAAUGCGCCCCGAUUCUCGGCUUCACAAUUCCACCUGUCACUUCCGAGCGAUCUUCCUGUCGGCUCCGAUGUCAUCACAUUACAGGCCACCGACGCUGAUUCAGGGCUUAAUGGCGAUGUCAACUACGCUAUUAAUCCGCCUACGGUGUUCGGGAUCGACUAUCAUACGGGCGUUGUGCAAACGACCGCACCACUAACCGAAUCUCAUUACGACCUUACAGUUGAGGCUUUUGAUCAUGGAGAUCCCAAACAGAUUGCCAUCGCCCGACUCAGGAUAGCCGUUCAUGGGACGAAUCCUUCUGCCCCUGUGUUUGAUCAGAAGCGCUAUGACGUCACGCUGGAAUCACCCAUACGUGCUGGAGCUGUGGUGGCUGAGCUUCAUGCAAAAGACCCGGAUCCAGGUAUGGAAGGGCAAAUUACCUAUCGAUUUGACCAAUCCGACGACCAGCUGAAGCAAGAUCGUAAAUUUUCGAUAAACGAACAGACUGGAGUGGUUUCGGCAUUAACACCUUUGACACCACAAGAUGGACCGUUUGACCUAGUAGUCAUAGCUGAGGAUCAGAGUCCGGUCUUCAAGAGGAAGGUAAGCAUCAGCGGUGCUGCAUAUCGAAAUCGUUGGGGACACUUCCUUACGCUUCCUUCCACUACCGUCUACCAUCUACAUCUCUACAGAGAAAGCAGUCGGAAGCGUCAAAACGAGUCCCAGUUUGUCAUGGACGGUGAUCUGCUUCGGGUAGCGAAUCAUCUAUCAUCCGGUGAGACUCAUCUGACUAUUCGAGCCGAGUCAGAUAAUGCUUUUUCGGACCAUCAGCUUCGAGUGGUGGUGAUGUUCGAUCGAGACAAGUAUCCUGUGUUCCCUCAACUCACUUAUGAUAUUGAUAUUCCAAUCGAUUCUCAAUUCCCAGUGGUUGUGCAUCGCUUCGACGCUCGUCUGCUCAACGGUACGCUUCGCUACCGGUUCUUCCCAGAUGGUACCGCUCCUGAAGGACUGUACAUUGAUUCAAGAACGGGAGAACUAAGUGCGACCGCUUCGUAUGCUCAGACACCAGCCAACCAUGAAACUCAAUUCGUUGUCGUUCGAGCCGUGAAUGUCGAUUAUCCUGAAUUCUACUCGGAUGUUGGGGUACGGUACCUUUUUCAACGUCGUUCAUCUCGUUCCUCUCCAGAAUUGUCUAUGUUUAGUAAUUUCACAUCUUCUCAGGUAACUGCAAAAGUAGGCGAAUAUCAAGCCUUCACGAAAAUCCAACUGAAAGUCAAGGAUAUAAAUGAGUUCGCACCACAAUUCGAUAAGCCACAAUACGAUGUAUCACUCUCUGAGAGCUCAGCUCCUGGCAGUACAAUCGUCCAGGUCAAAGCCACUGAUGCGGAUAGAACCGACGGCAAACAUCUGCUUUACAAGGUUGUAGGAGGUUCGGGUCGCGAUUUGGUGUUCAUACAAGAAGAUGGCACACUGAUUCUUGGCGAUACCCCUCUGAAUCGUGAGGAUAUGAACCGUUUCGAUGUUGUGGUGGAAGCUAUCGACAGAAGUGGAAACAAGGACACAACGACAGUCGUCGUUUCUGUGGAAGAUGUCAACGACAAUGCGCCCAUGUUCCCGUGGCCAUCCUUCACAUGGAAUAUCACUGAAGGUCUGUUGAGACAACUGGUCCUACCCUUGGACUACGAACUCCAAAAAACCUUCAAACUCACCAUCGAAGCAAAAGAUCAAGGUGUUCCACCUCAUGUAGCGAUCACAACAAUCAUAGUCAAUGUCCUCAACACAAACGACAAUCCACCGGUUUUCCAACGGGCCAACAUUGAGCAAGAGGUGUCUGCUGAUCUUCCUGUUGGCUAUCCGAUUCUGACACUUACCGCCAGUGAUGCCGAUCACGACCGACUAUCGUAUUCUUUGACCGGCGAUCCAGGCUGUUCUUCAUUGGCAGUUGAUCCUAUGGGAAUCGUUUCUUUCAAGACUCCUGCUCCCAAACGGAAGCCUGGAUUAAUCACUUGUGUAGUCUCGGCCACCGAUGGAGUUUUCACGGCGAAUGCGACACUUCGGCUUAACAUUUUCGAAGAAACGCCAGCUGAAAACCAUUCUCCACGUUUUGCGAAAGAGGUCUAUACAGUCACGGUGACACCGAAUCAGAGAAACCAAGUGUUGAGGAAGAUAACUGCCACUGAUCCAGACGGAGACGUGCUGAUAUACUCCAUUGAACCUCCAGAGUUCAGGAAUCUUUUCGCUGUCGAUGCAGAGGGUCAACUCUCUGUACGGGUACCGAUUUCCGAACUAAAACAGUCACUCUACAGUUUCCUGAUAGUCGCAGAAGAUCGAGGAAAACCCAUCAUGUCAACAUUCACUAACAUCAGAGUUCGAGUGCAAGACAACGAGGUCACAGCCUUUUCAGAAGUACAUUUUACCCGACCGAAGUAUUCCUAUGCGAUUCGAAGCGAUGCUCAAGUGGGUACGUACUUGGGAAGAGUGACUGUCGACAACAGGGAAGGUGUGGAACUUACGUUUAAGACGACAAAGCUCUUCUAUAUCGACAGCCAGGGUGCGAUCCGCACCGCUGUUCUCUUCAGUAGUCCCAUGAAAGUGGAGGACAAAAUUGUAGCCAUCAGGAAGGGAAUCACGGUGGCAGAGACUGACUUCGUGGCACAUGUUAUUGCCGCAGAGACCACCACUUCUCCCACUACCCAAGGUACAAUCAGCGACACCGAGGUUACUUUGAUCACAGGGACUCGAAUAACCAGUGCUAGCACGGAACCCAGCACUUUCACGGCGCAAACCGCGGGAACUCAGGGUCCUGUCUCGUCUGCUCAGCCCACUACCAGCAAUGGGGCCUUUUCGUUUUCGAGACCAAUGUAUUUUGCCUUUGUACCGGAAGGCCAGUACUCCAACGGAAUCCGUUUGUCGGUAAAACCUGAACCCUUCUCUGUGAAUCGAAAUACUGCCGUACGAUACGAGAUUGAUCAAAGCGCUGGUCACAUACCGUUCUUCCUCACUGCCGACGGUCAGCUCAUCAUAUUCGACGUAGACAGAGAACAGCAAGCAUCGUACUCAUUCCCCAUCAAGGCUACCAGUCCCGAAUACGGUGUCGCUACAGCUAUGGUGAACGUAACGAUAUUGGACGUCAACGAUAACUAUCCAGUAUUCGACGCUGCUCCUUCGGCUAUCGGCGUUUUUAGUGACGUAGCUGUUGGAACACCGUUAUUCCACUUCACUGCCCACGAUAGUGAUGCUGACAACUAUGGCACGGUCGUUUACGGUAUUGAGGAGUCCGACGCCCCGUUUGAAAUCGAUCCCAACGGUGAGUCGGUAUUACACUCUCUUCGAACAUCGGUAGUGUUUGUUGGAACACAGCCCGGUACCGAAAUAGCCACAAUCCUGGCAGGACCUACAAUAACAACAAAGCCUACUCAAGAUAAAAUACUGUAUGGACUGGAUGAUGACUACAAUGGUCUGUUCGCAAUUGAAGAUGGAGGUCGUCUAAUUCUGGCUAGACGAGCAACGGCAGCCGAAUCGGAUCGUUACAUCCAAUUGAACAUCACCGCAGAAAACAGCCAUGGCAAGGCUUGGGUGUUGGUGAGACAGCCAACAACACCUGGUGGUAGUACAACACCAUCCGGUUGCUAUUUCCCCACGAAAGUCUACAACGCCGAAAUUAUGGAAAAUCGUCAAGGGCGCAUUCGAAUUGCGAAGUUCAAUGAUCCAGGUUAUUCAGAUGAUUUUGAACUAAACCCGACAACUGGUGAGAUCUUCGCUGUACGUCCACUAGAUCGUGAAAAGCGCAGUUUCCACUUCCUCUACGUCAGUGUCUCAGGUGGUAUCGCGGCUGGUGGAAGGCGGGUUAUUCAGGCUAUGUCAAAGCUCACGGAAUCUCAAACAUUAGUCGCUGUAAGGGUGCUGGACGAAAAUGACAAUGCCCCACAGUUCGUGCACGUGAAUGAGGAUGAAUCGCUGGCGGCAGUAGUGGAUUGGCAGGCUCGCCUCUUUAGCCCAGUGCUGAAACUCGAAGCUAAGGAUGCUGAUGAGCGUGCAAAGCUGUACUAUUCCUUAUCUGGUACUGACCAAGAGUACUUCCUCGUGAAUGCCACCAGUGGACUUGUGAUCCUUGCCAAGACCCUAGCCGAAUUCUCUGGUGAUUCCCUGGAAUUCCGCGCUACUGUCACAGAUGGAGUUCACAAUACUCAUGUUCCGAUCAAGGUCUACGUCAUCUCCCCCUCCUCAUCCCUGGUGCAGCUAACAGCCGAACUGCCACAUUCACAAGUCGAUCAGCAGUCCGUCGAGCGAAUCCUCAACGAAUUGACCGGAUUGGACAACCACCUUCUUGCAAAACAGCCGUUUGUCGAUAGUGUGGGACAUGCUGAUCCCAAGAGAUCACAUCUGUUCGUCUAUGCGCUCGAUCGCAAAACAAAACAACCAAUACCUAAGGAGGAGUUGGCCAAGAUGCUGGAAAGUCACUCAGCGACGUUACUGUCAUCGCCGACAAGAAUCUCUGAUAUUGCCAUGCUCUCACCACCACCCGUCUCCAUUUCGACAUUCGACAUAGUAUUGGCCAUCGUCUGUAUCAUUCUGUUCCUACUUCUUCUAGCUGCUUGCUGUAUUCUUUCCACCUACUGCAAACGGAAACGAGCGGUAGCCACCAGCGAUCGUGAGUACAUGGUGUCGGGGAAAGCAGGACCACGUCCCUACGAUGUUGAAAUAAUCUCACGAACCACGGCUCAACGAGUCUUAUCAGCUCGACAGUUGCCUGAAAUCGAAGUCGCUGUUUCCCCUAUUUUCAUGGAUUCUACAAUGACUACAAACAAAAGCGAUACGACGCAGGAUUUCUCAAAUAGUGUCAGGGAGAGACCGUCGCUCUUACAAAGUGCCUUGGCUAGACAAAAGGUGAGUUUCGUCUUUUUAUUUAAACAUUAA